AUGACGGCCAGCACAGGAAAGCGCUCUUAUCGCGCAUGUGUCAGAUGCCGCCGCCGGAAGACAAAAUGCGAUCUUGGUGGCAUCGGAGAGCCAAGAAAAAUCCCCUGCGUGUCCUGCUUUGAGUCGGAUAGUGAGUGUGUGCUGGCCGAGUCCCGCCGGGGUGGGAACUUUCGGACGUAUGAGCCGAGCAAGAAACCCACCAAGAGUCGCAAGGCUUCGCAACGCACCUCAGGCGCAUCAUCGAGAACAACCAGGUCAACUGAAAAGGAAGUGGACCGCGGCCUCGACGGCUUAAACGAAGAUGUCAUUGAUGAGCAGCUCGCUUCCGAGCUUAGGAAUCCCUCCGAUGCGCUGCAUAUACUCGCCCAAUCGGAGAAAUCCAAAGCAAGUUGCUCGCCUGUAUUGCCAAACGAGGAGGAGGACGACGGUCUUUUACGUGGGCCAUCGAAUGUUGUAGCUGUUGACGAGUAUGAGCUAGUUCAGAGAGGGCUAGUUCACCAUAGUAACAUAUCCGAGUUACUACACCUGUAUUCCCACAACUAUCACUCUUACUGUCCUAUUGUGCCAGGGUACAUGCUUGGACAAUCUGGCAUUGACAAAAUCCGUACAUCGGAUUUCUUCCUUCUCACAGUUAUCUUGACAAUUGCGUCAAGAGACUCGUCAAAUCAUUCUCUUAUUCACCGGUAUUGCUGGGAUUACACCCAGAAGCUACUGCUUGAGGUGCUGCUCGGGUAUCCUUGGACAUUGAGAUCCCGAACAGUUGAGAGUUUAUUGCUCUUAUCGGAAUGGCUUCCUCAUAUUGAAUUAACGCAAUCCGUCUCAAACGAAAGUAAAAGCAUGUUCAUCGAAGAUAGAACGUCAUGGUCACUCGUCGGCCUGGCUGUCAGACAAGCUUACUUGAUGCGCCUGGAUCAAGGUGCCUUUCCCAAUGUUGUUACACAGGAGACAAAGGAGCAGGUGGAGCAUAAACGAUUAAUAUGGACAUUUGUCUACAUCGCGGAUCGGCAAAUAUCUGUUCGUCUGGGCCAGUCCUUUUGGUCUCGCGGUCCAUCUCUUUCAACUCGCUUCACCGCGAAAGACUUUCCCAGCUUGCAGCCUACCUCUAAUACUGGCCAAGAGGAUUAUGCGUCUGCUCACCAAGCAACGAUGGAGUUGACACAGCUCAUGCACAACGCCCAAGCCAUUCUUUACUCCUCGCCGAAGCGGACCUUGGCGAUGGUCCACGAUGGAGAUUACAGUCGCUACCUCGACGAUUUUCAGCGCGCAUCAAUGAAUUGGCAUGCUACUUGGGGCGAUCUUGCAGUAUCUGUCAAAGUGAAGCGUUCUUUGUCUCUGGUAUAUGAAUAUCUGUGCCUUUAUGUUAACGCAUUCUCAUUCCAAGCCGUUCUCACGAGGAUGUCGACGCAAAAUCCCUCCAUUAAACCGUCAUUCAAGCCAUUCAUUAAUGGUAUCAUGAAUUCUUCCGACGGGCGAUACGUUUGGGAUGCUAUUACAGCAGCCAUAAAUACCCUGAAGCUGAUGACUGAUUUCCACCCCCAACAUGAGUUAUGUUAUUUACCAUAUCGCUACUACUUUCAGUUGCUUAGGAAUCUAUGGCAAAGAGAGCAACGAAAGAUUAGCAAAGCCAGAGACGCACUGGCUACUUCUACAUCGACAAUCCAAGCAGGGACUGCACAUCAACAGGAAAACCCAAAUCUACUGCCCGCCACUCUAUCUUCGCUAGACCGUCCUCUCACACACCAUCAUAUGGAGAUUUUGGCUGACGCCGAUUUGCCAAUUAACCAAACCCCAACUGUGAGCCAAGAACUUCCCGAUUUUUCACCAAUGGAGGACUAUCCGUUUGGACCCUUUAUCAGUAUACCGGAUUUUGAACUGGGAGAUUUCGGAAAUCCCAUCAGUGAUAUGUCGCUUCCAUCGCUCAACUGGGGAGCAGGUCUUGUUGGGAUGGAUCCUAUUGGGCAAUAA